CUCUGUUGAUUUCUAUAAUUUCACGAAAUUUUUAAUUAUUAAGUCUUUAUACUUUUUUUUUAAUUGAGUCUCUGUACUAAUUUUUUUUAAUUAGGUCCCUCUUGAUAGUAAUUAGCUUAAUUUUAUAGAGACCAAAUUAAAAAAAAUAGUAUAAAAACCCAAAUAAAAGAAAAAAAAAGUGUAGGGAUCUAAUUAAAAAAAAUUGGUACAAAGACUCAAUUGAAAAAGAAAAAAAGUAUAAAAACCUAAUUAAAAAUUUCGCAAAACUAUAGGGACUAACAGAGUAAUUAAACUUUAAUAUAAAUUAGAUAAAAAUUUAGGUACAGUUAAUUUCACGUAAAGUUGAUAGUUAAAAAUCAUUAAAUAAUUAUUUGAUAAGUUUGAUUAAAUUGUCAUUUAAUAACUCUUAACUAUUAACUUCACAUAUGAAUUUUCACCUAUAAAUGAUCCGCAACGUGAGAAAAUUAAAUGAGUGAUUUUAUAUAUUAUAUUUUCUUCAUUUUUUUUAUCAUUUAUCUAUUUCUAUUACAGUUAGUUCUAUACAACUUAAAAAUAAAGUUUAUAAAUAGUUUACAGAUAUAGAACAUCUCUCAUUUCAUAAAUUAGUUUCAAAAUGGAGUUAAGCUUAUUAAAGUUCAAUUCUAAUAACUUAUGAACCCAUUGUUAUUACAUUAAUGUAAAGUGAAAUAUAUAGUCAACAAACACAUUAUUAAUUUUAUUGUUAUAUAAAUAUUUUAUUUUCGUUUAGGUGGAUCAUACAAUAUUAAUUUUUCUUUAAUUUAUAUAUGUAAAAAAAAAAAGCCUUAAAUGAUAUAAACAUUGAGUUUGAACCUAAAAUAUCACUCUUAUAGCUGAAGCUGUACCACACAUUAUUUAUCGCUCGUACACCUAAGUGAUAUAUAUAUAUAGAAAACUCCAAAUUUUAUAUGGACCUCUGAGUAGUGAUCAUCUUUAAUUUGUCCAUUUCCUCUGAUUUUUUUUUGGUGUCCGUCCACUUCCUCUGAUUCAGGCUUCGCUAUAUAUUAUUUUCUGUACCUUAUAUAUAUUGAGAUAUCAAUCUGUUAUUACUGUUUGGUUUUCAUAAUAGUGGGUGAGUAAUAUUUUAGGAGAAAUUUUUGGGGAUAAUAAUUUUUAAUAUUUUGGUUUAUUAUUUAAUUAGUACAAAUAUUAAAUUAUCUUUAAUAAAUAAAUUUUAUUAACUUAUGUGUAUAAAUUUUGAAAAAUGAGUGUAAAUUGUAUUAAUUUAUGUAUAUAAAUUAUAUGUUUUUUGUGUACAAAAUGUACGUAAAUAUGGUUGCAAAUUAUUGUUAGCUAAAUGUAUAUUGGAAAAAAAUAAUAAUAUUAUGUUGGUCAUAUAACAUUGUUCAUAUUUUAAUUAAAUCGAUCUUUCAAAAAUUUUUAGUAAGAUAAUUUAAUUUUAAUUAUUAAAUUAGUUUUUAAUAUUUUAUUUUAUUAGAUAAGUUAAUUUUCACAUUAAAUUUUAUAUAUAAAUUUGAUAAAUUAAUUGUGAUUGUUAUUUAAUAAAAUAUAUAAUAAUUUUUAAAAUUUUCAGAUAAAUUCUUCCAUAAAAUAAAUAAUAUGAUAUGAAAUUGAUUCGUCAAAUAAAAUAAAAAUUUAAAAAUUAAUUUAAUAAUUAAAAUUUAUUAAAAAUUAAAAUAUUUGACUAAAAAUUUUUAAGAAUUGAUCUAGAAUAUUAUGGCUCUUAGUGUUUGAUGAGACAUUAUAUUGAUAAAAUAGAAAUUAAAUCAAAAGCAUAUUUUCUUUUAUUUAUGUUUAAAAUUUAUUUAUUUUAUUAAAAAGUACAAAAUUUAUCUCAAAAUAGAGAUAUUUUAUUUUCUAAAUAAAUCUAUAUUUUUAUUUUAGUAAAGAAAUGGAUUAUAUAUACAUGUUAUUAUAGUUUAUUUAGUCACAUGUAUGUAUGUGUCUCUCUCCAAUUAUUAGUUCCUUCUUCCUCAAACUACACAUUAUCAGAGCCUUAUCUCCAUGGAUUUUCAGAGCCUUAUCUCCAUCUUCACCACCUUCCUCUUUCUCUUAAUGCUAGUGAAAUCAACCAUCAAGAAAUUUAGUUCUUCCAACGAUAUUACCAAUUUACCCCCAGGACCAAGAAAACUACCCAUCAUAGGAAACAUGCACAACUUAGUUGGAUCAAUGCCGCAUGAAUGCCUAAGAAACUUAGCAUCCAAAUAUGGACCCUUAAUGCACCUUAAACUAGGAGAAGUGUCCCACAUAAUAGUUACAUCACCUGAAAUGGCACAAGAGAUUAUGAAGACUCAAGAUCUCAACUUUUGUGAUAGGCCAAACCCUCUCUUUGCAAGAAUCAUUGCUUACAAUCGCAAAGACAUUGUCUUUGGCCACUAUGGAGAUUAUUGGAGGCACGUACGAAAGAUAUGCACCAUGGAAUUAUUAACACCAAAGCGUGUUCAAUCUUUUAGGCACAUAAGAGAAGCAGAGGUUUCAGAGUUGGUCAAAGCAAUAUCUCAAAGUCAAGGCUCCAUUUUUAAUCUCUCUCAAAAGAUUUUUUCAUUGACCUAUGGAAUAGCGGCUAGAAUAGCAUUCGGUAAAAAAUAUAGCUAUCAGGAAUUUUUUAUAUCAUCUAUGGAGAAAGCAUUGCAAAUAGGAGGAGAAAAUUGCAUAGCUGAUCUGUAUCCUUCAAUUAGAGUACUUCUUGAAAUGAUAAGUAGAAACAAAGCUAAGCUUGAAGAACUUCAUAUAAAGACUGAUAAGGUAUUACAAGACAUCAUAGAUGAUCAUAGAAAUAGAAAAGAUGACAAAUGUGAAGAAGAAGGCAAUGAAGAUCUAGUUGAUAUUCUUCUCAAGUUUCAACAAAAAGAUUUUGAAUAUCCCUUGACUGAUGACAACAUCAAAGCAGUCAUCCAGGACAUAUUUGCUGGUGGUGGAGAAACAUCCUCAGCGGUUGUGGAAUGGGCAAUGGCUGAAAUGAUUAAGAAACCAAAAGUGAUGGAAGCUGCUCAAGCUGAAGUUAGAAGAGUUUAUGGUAGCAAAGGAUAUGUGAAUGAAUCAGAAUUGGACCAAUUGAUAUACCUUAAGUCUAUCAUCAAAGAAACCUUAAGGUUACAUCCAUCUUUGCCAUUGUUAGUUCCUAGAGAGAACAAAGUACCAUGCCAAAUCAAAGGGUAUCAAAUUCCAGCCAAUUCUAGAAUUAUUAUCAAUGCUUGGGCAAUUGGAAGAGAUCCAACGUAUUGGGUUGAUGCCAUGGAAUUUAAGCCUGAGAGGUUUGUUGAUAAUUAUUCAAUUGAUAGUAGAGGCACAAACUUUGAAUUUAUUCCAUUUGGUGGUGGAAGAAGAAUGUGUCCCGGAAUUGCAUUUGCUACACCAAACAUGGAGUUGCCACUUGCUCAACUUCUUUACCAUUUUGAUUGGAAGCUUCCCAAUGGAAUCAAGAAUGAGGAACUUGAUAUGACUGAGUUGUUUGGGAUCACUAUAAGAAGAAGAAAUGAUCUCUGCCUGAUCCCCGUUAUUCAUCAUCAACCUUAACAAUUAAUAUAAAUUAGGUGAAACUCAGGUGCACAGUUAACUUCACAAGUUGAUAGUUGAGAACCGUUAAAUGAUUUGACAAAUUUAACUAAAUUGUUAUUUAGCAGCUGAGUUUUCAACUAUAAAUUAUCUCUAGCGUGAGAAAAUUAAAGGAGUGAGUUUAUAUAUUAUAUUUUAGAGUAAUUCUACACAUUCAAGCAAUUUUACAUCCAAAUUCAUCCAA